CCGCCCCUAGAAGCAGGACAAGGGCGCCGAACAAGGACAUGGCAAGGGCGAGGACGCGAGGAGCGGGACUCUGGCCGCCUCUGCUCACAAGGACGCUCACACGCCCCUGGCGCCUCAGCCUCGGACUGACGACGCGGGGGCCUCCGGCGCUCAGCCCUGCUGUCCCUUCUCAUCGCAACUGCUCGUCAUUCCCCCGCUCUUCCGCCUGUACUAUGGCACACGACGCACUGCCGGCCUCGCCCGUCCGCCUUCCUCGUGCCGCUCGUGAUCGGCGCCCGCCUAAAUCUCCAAUGGUGCUCGGCGACUGCCCCCGGCCAGUCCACCACAUGGUCGGCCAUGACUCCUCCGUCGUCCACAUAGCCGACAAAAAAGGCUCCACCACCGCGGCCACAAAGAAGCUCCACCCAUAUAGCAACGAGGCAUUGUUCUUCUGCGCCGCCCGCGGAGCAGUAAUUGAACUCGGAGCCGCCAAUUUGACGGUCUGCAGGUGUGGGCAUUGCUACUGCUACUUGUGCAGAUCCACAAUGUUUAAGGUGCAAAAAUUGCAGAUGCCUGAUCUUGAGAUGCCUGACUAUACUACAUGGAGGAAAUCAAUUAUGCAAAUCCUAAUAAUAUAUGUGUAAAGGAUGAUGAAAAGGAAAAUGAGAAGGGGGAGAAGCUCAAGGAAACAAAGACAGCGGAAUAAUUAAUAAAUAAGGAGGGCAGGUCAGGACCCCCAAGCCAACGGCAAGGUAAGAGCAAGUACAAUAAGGUACAGUCAGCAGACUGUAAGGAUUAG